UCCGCUCGGCCACCUCCGCCUAACCGGAAGUCGCAGAUGUGACGAUGCAAAAACGCCCAUCGGGGGCGUGUCUCUUUCAGCAGCCAAUGGGCUCUGCCCACCUUCGUCCUCGUCAGCAUUUUGUCUAAUCAUGGCCUGUGACGCUCGAAGGGCGGGGAGCAGAGGGAGAUACAGAAACCUACAGGGGCCAGGUGCCCGGUGGCUCCGAAGCGGGGAAGUGGGACCAGAUGGUUUACAUCUCGAACGGACAAGUGUUGGACAGCCGGAGUCAGUCUCCAUGGAGAUUAUCUUUGAUAACAGAUUUCUUCUGGGGAAUAGCUGAGUUUGUGGUUUUGUUUUUCAAAACUCUGCUUCAGCAAGAUGUGAAAAAAAGGAGAAGCUAUGGAAACUCAUCUGAUUCCAGAUAUGAUGAUGGAAGAGGGCCACCGGGAAACCCUCCCCGAAGAAUGGGUAGAAUCAAUCAUCUGCGUGGCCCUAGUCCCCCUCCAAUGGCUGGUGGAUGAGGAAGGUAAAUGUCUGCUCUAAGAAGCAGACAACCGGACACGCGCAUUCAUAGCAGAAGGAAACCAUCAAGAAGUGGAAGGCUGACCAUGAUGAGCAGUAGAUGAAUGUGUAUGUCUAAACAAGGACUGCUCUGUGUCCUCACAGAUGAAUGAGGUCAUGCUGGGAAUUCCCUCUGCAGGGAACUGGCCUGACUGACACGCAGUUCCAUAAAUGCAGAUGUUUGUCUCAUUACCUUUUUUGUAUAGUUUAUUAAAGUAUUAAUAUAGUUUUAAUAAGUAAAUAUUUUUAGGUUGCAGAAUGGACUCCUCAUCUUUAUAUUCACGAAAAAACAAUCUGAAGAAAAUAAAUAAAAGCCUGUGUAUUUAGCACUGUUAGUGUCACCUUUUCAACUUCUGAAACACUGUUCAUUGUUAACUUUUUCUCAUUUAUAAAUCACACUAUUUAUUUUAGUAUGCAUAUCAUAUCUGUGCUCUUGAAUUAAUUUUUAUCUUUAAUAUAUUUAUCUCAUCCAUCUUUAAUACAUUGUAUCUGAUUUGCUACCAAGUAUAAUUAUUAGGGUAUUUAUACAGCCAUAGCUAACAAAA